CUACUUGAUAGUGUAGUUAAAUUCACAUAAAAAUGGCGUCGAUGUUUAAAAAAGCAGGCUCUUUCUUAGGUGGUAAUGAGGACGAAACCAAGAAGCAAGAUGAGGAGGGCGAGUCGCUAACGACAGUGCUGGAAACGGAUGAAGACCGCAGCGCUCUCACUAUUCUCGUUUCUAACAUUACUGAACUUAUGCGCAAGCAAGUCGUUGAUACUUUUGAUCCCAAACUCACAGGUUCCCAAGACGACCAACUAACGGACGAUAAUGGCGAGCCCAUUAACCUUGAGAAGCUGGGCGAGGAUGAACGUAGCAAGGAAUUGCAGAAGCUACUCGAGAAACAGAAAGCUGAAUUAACCAAACUUGAAAAAGAAGUCAGUGAAGAGAAAAUGGUUGCAUUGAAGACAAGUGCGUUAGGGUUCUUCGACGACUGGAGGGAUAGCAUCGUUCUCCGCAUUGGUGAAAUCGUCAACUCAAGGAAAACGGCUGAAAAUCAAUCAAAACAGGCAAAACCCGAACUUGUGCGCCAGGAUACUGAACCCGCCUUAGAAGGGAUCGAGAAAAACGAGCAUGAAGAUAUCAUCGCAGAAACGCUCCUGAAGCUAUAUGCCCCUGUUGAGACCCCGCUACGUGGGUUGGCCAAGGAGAAAAGGGUACUGAUACUGCACUCGGUGUUUCUUCUAACACUGAGUUUGGAGCACUAUAAUGCGCACUCGCGAACCCUGCUGUUGUACCUAACCACGAGCCUGGGGCUUUCAGCUACAGUGCUGUCAGAGGACGAAAAGAAAGUCGCCAGGGGCCUCCUAGACGCAGCUGAAAAGAUGUCGGCGGAAGAGGAGACCAAGAAAAGGGCCGAGGAAAACCGCACUUCUCGCCGCUGGAAGAUGGGUGUAGCUGGAGUCGCAGGUGCUGCACUUAUUGGCAUUACGGGUGGUCUAGCAGCCCCAUUCUUAGCUGCUGGCGUCGGCACCGUUCUGGGAGGUAUUGGUCUCGGGGCUACCGCUACGGCAGGAUACUUGGGUGCGUUAGCCGGUAGUGGUGUCCUCGUCGGUGGCUUAUUUGGUGCUUAUGGCGCAAAGAUGACAAGCAAAGCCAUGGAACAAUAUACUAGAGACGUAGAGGACUUCGCUUUUGUUCCCAUUCAGAAGUUAGGGGAAAGCGAAACCGAAGCACGCCGGUUACGGGUUGCUAUCGGUAUAUCUGGUUGGUUAGGAGAUAAGGACGAAGUAGUUAAGCCUUGGAAGUGCAUUGGGUCAGGGCAGGAAACAUUUGCUCUUCGCUUCGAACUUGAGGCGUUGAUGAACCUUGGAAAUGCGCUCACUACUUUGGUGACUUCAGCUGCUUGGUCGUAUGCUAAAUCUGAGAUUAUUAAGCGAACUGUCUUCGCUGCUCUGAGCGCUGGUUUAUGGCCAUUAGGCCUACUGAAAGCAAGCCACAUCAUUGAUAACCCCUGGAGCAUCGCCAACCAGCGUGCCCAGAAAGCCGGGGAAGUACUCGCCGAUGCCCUAAUCAACAAAGCCCAGGGCGAGCGGCCAGUCACACUUGUCGGGUACUCACUAGGCGCUAAAGUCAUUUAUGUCUGCCUACAGCAACUCGCUGAGCGAAAAGCCUUCGGUCUGAUUGAGAACGCUAUAAUGUUGGGUGCACCCACCCCAAGUAAUUCUGCUGACUGGCGUCGCAUCCGUUCAGUGGUUACUGGUAGAGUCGUCAACGCCUACAGCACCAACGACUACAUCCUUGCUUUUUUAUACAGAAGCAGUAGCAUUCAAUUCGGUGUUGCGGGUUUAAAUUCAGUGGUCAAUGUUAAAGGUGUUGAAAAUAUUGAAGUCGGUGAUUUGGUAAAAGGGCAUACUUUAUACCGUCAUGCGACGGCUCCUAUCCUCAAGCGCAUUGGCUUUGAGGAUAUCGAUUUGCAGGAAAUUGGACAUGAAGAGCAGAAAUUAGCGGAGCAAGAGAAGAAGGAAGAGGAACAGCGUGAGGCAGCUGAGAACGGCGCUAAAGAGUCUGGCGUUACGAGUCAAUCCGCAGUAGCUGAUGAAGAAGUCCACAAGAUGGAACAGGAAGUCGAACAGAAGAAUAAAUCUAGCUAAACCAUCAUAGACACAAGGCGAGGAGAGGACUACAAUAUUAGUCAAAUUAUAGGCCCCAAUAGCAGUGUAUGGGGGCUGAGAAUACCUACCUAGGUCCAAGUAAUGAGAUUAUUACUAAGAAUAUUAAUA